CUAUAUUUAUGCUUAUUUAGUUUAUCUUGUGUGCUUUAACCAUUUGUACAUUGUUAAAACACUGUAUAUAUAUAAUAUGACAUUUGCAGGGUCUUUAUUGUUUUGAAACUUAUGUAUGUGUAAUGUUUACUGUUAAUUUGUAUUGUUUAUUUCACGUUAUAUAUUCACUUUAUAUAUUAUCAACCUCACUUGCUUUGGCAAUGUUAACACAUGUUUCCCAUGCCAGUAAAGCCCUUGAAUUGAAUUGAGUGAGAGAGAGAGAAAGAGAGUGAGAGAGUGAAAGUCACUGGCUGUUUAGCCUCACAGCUUGAGGAUAGGUGCUGUCAUUGAACCUGGUGGUCAGUCUUUAGUCACUGGCUGUUUAGCCUCACAGCUUGAGGAAAGGUGCUGUCAUUGAACCUGGUGGUUAGUCUUUAGUCACUGGCUGUUUAGCCUCAUAGCUUGGGGAUAGGUGCUGUCAUUGAACCUGGUGGUUAGUCUUUAGUCACUGGCUGUUUAGCCUCACAGCUUGAGGAUAGGUGCUGUCAUUGAACCUGGUGGUCAUUCUUUAGUCACUGGCUGUUUAGCCUCACAGCUUGAGGAUAGGUGCUGUCAUUGAACCUGGUGGUCAUUCUUUAGUCACUGGCUGUUUACCCUCACAGCUUGAGGAUAGGUGCUGUCAUUGAACCUGGUGGUCAGUCUUUAGUCACUGGCUGUUUAGCCUCACAGCUUGAGGAUAGGUGCUGUCAUUGAACCUGGUGGUUGGUCUUUAGUCACUGGCUGUUUAGCCUCACAGCUUGAGGAUAGGUGCUGUCAUUGAACCUGGUGGUCAGUCUUUAGUCACUGGCUGUUUAGCCUCACAGCUUGAGGAUAGUGGCUGUCAUUGAACCUGGUGGUCAUUCUUUAGGCUGCUGUACAGCUUGAUGGACCGUAGAGGAUUGAUACAUUUCAAUGUAUCAGGUGGAGUUAAUCACCAGCUAUAGAGUGAGUUGUUGUUUAUGUUUCUAAGACUGCAGGGUGGGAGAUGCAACAAUGUCCUUGAGAACAGCAGGAAGUGUGUUGGGGGUCUUUGUCUGGUCUGUAGCAGGUCUGGUCUCAUUCAUAAUGUUUUAGUAAUGUUAUCUUAAUGUUAUUCUGUGUGUUCAGUGACAUCGUCUGUUAGGGGCUUCUUCUUUUCUGGAAUAGUUGUCUUUCACACCUCACUGAGUAACACUUAGGUCCUUUCUGUGGUUUCCAUUCACACUCAGCAAGUAGAGUACGGCAACAAAGUAUGGACAAAUGCUGUUAGUGUGAGGAAAUGGGUCUGUAAUGUGUAAUCACUAUCAUGUGUGAUUGUGUUUCAGUGUUACUGGAUCAGGAUGGAGGAAGUGUACACCACUCAGAGUAUCUGUGUCUUGAAGGGGUCAACAGUGGAGCUGUCCUGCUCUUACACAUAUCCCAGUGGCUAUACAAUCACAACCUUCUGGUUCACUAAAAAUUAUGCUGAGGGGAAUCAUGUGACUGAGUGAUGCACCAGACUACACACGUCAUGUGAAGUACUGUAGCAACAAGAAGAAUGGCCACAUCCUGACAAUCAGAGAUCUGAGAGAGUGUGACUCAGCUAUGUGCAAAGUGUCCAUCCUGACCCUAACUGGGACACACACACCACUGAAAAUGAGGAUCAGACACUCUGGCAUGACACGUUCACAUCUCUUCAGAGAGACGCUCAGCACUCCGUGUAUCAGACCAUCCAGGGAAGAGAACCACCACAGAACCUGGAGGGAAGAGAACCACCACAGAACCUGGAGGGAAGAGAACCACCACAGAACCUGGACUGAUAGAACCACCACAGAACCUGGACUGAUAGAACCACCACAGAACCUGGACUGAUAGAACCACCACAGAACCUGGAGGGAAGAGAACCACCACAGAACCUGGACUAAAGAGUAUCACCACAGAACCUGGACUGAGAGAACCACCACAGAACCUGCACUUAAGAGAACCAUCACAGAACCUGGAGGGAAGAGAACCACCCCAGAACCUGCACUAAAGAGAACCAUCACAGAACCUGGAGGGAAGAGAACCACCCCAGAACAUGCACUAAAGAGAACCAUCACAGAACCUGGAUUAAAGAGCUAUGGCACCAAACCAAAGCUAGUCCUUACACUCUUGCUAAUAUAUUGUUAUAAUAUCUUGAAGGUUCAACCAAGUUACAAAAUGACACAUUGGUUUCCCUUCCCUUUUAGCAGUCUAUGAACAUGGUGUGACAUCAGUCCCUGCUUUGGUUUAUUUUCUCCUGACACUGUUUCCACUUGCUAACGUUUUAGCAUUUGUGGCACAAAUCCCAUUAGUUGAGGUCACUUCCAGAUGAUUUGAACAUGAUGAGAGAAUGUUAAUAUGUGAAAUAUUAAUAUCAGUCCUGUGACUUGAAUGGGAUUUUUGUAAAUGUGGGAGUGUUCGACAUUGCAGCCGACUUUAUAGGCAAGUCGAGAUCUACAAAUCACCUUGCAUGAUGAAUAACUACUCAAUAUUAUUUAUAGAUCAUUCAGUCCGUCACAAUUUACCCAUGAUACAUCAGUUUUGAUGCUCUCGAACACUGUCUGUGUGACUGCUGAAGGAAGCCUUCUCUGCAUAAGCUUCUUGGUCCCUGACAUAGAGUUGGAUAGAAGGUACAUCUUGACAUCUUUGUCAUGAUGUCUUCUGUGACAGAAUGAGCAGCACCAUUGAGGGCUAUUUCCAUAUUCAAGUAGUUAAUAUCUUCAACUUCCAUAAGUUUAAUAACAGUCGAUAUACCAACUGAAAUGGGGUAUUCAAUGGCUUAGCUAUGCUAAAACAGGCUUUGAAGCAAGUACGCCCUCUAUUCAACUCUAUUGUCCCUGACUGCUUCAAUGUUGUGUCAACCACAGACUUCAAACCUGACACUCAGUGUCUAUUUACAUAGACUUCCAGUAAGUGAACUUACAACACAUCUCCCCUUCACUCUGUAAGUCUGCUUGACUAUAUCUUACAAUAUGUUUAUUUUAUUAUUUGUUUGUUUCCAUGAACUUCUGUAUCCUGUUAUCUGCAUGGUGAUGCUGUUGUAAUGUAUGUUUUGUUUUUCUGUUAUGUACAGUAUACUCUGUAGAUGUAUUUCUGCGUAGUAAUCUGAUACAGUAUUGUACAUGGGGUUACACAUGUAAUAUUUUUGUAUGGUAUUUUAAGGACUCUCAAAGCAAGAGAUUGUUGUGGAGACUUGUUUGAAAAUGACCUAAAGUAAGACUGAGAGUAACAGUGAUUAGGUGUAUGCUUCGUAAGAGCUUUAGGAGUAAUAUUAACAUGAGACACAGUGAUGGUGGGUUGUGUUUAGGAGUAGUAUUAACAUGAGACACAGUGAUGGUGGGUUGUGUUUAGGAGUAGUAUUAACAUGAGACACAGUGAUGGUGUUUUGUGUAGGAGUAGUAUGAACAUGAGACACAGUGAUGGUGGGUUGUGUUUAGGAGUAGUAUGAACAUGAGACACAGUGAUGGUGGGUUGUGUUUAGGAGUAGUAUGAACAUGAGACACAGUGAUGGUGGGUUGUGUGUAGGAGUAGUAUGAACAUGAGACACAGUGAUGGUGGGUUGUGUUUAGGAGUAGUAUUAACAUGAGACACAGUGAAGGUGGGUUGUGUUUAGGAGUAGUAUUAACAUGAGACACAGUGAUGGUGGAUUGUGUUUAGGAGUAGAAUUAGCAUGAGACAGUGAAGGUGGGUUGUGUUUAGGAGUAGUAUUAACAUGAGACACAGUGAUGGUGGGUUGUGUUUAGGAGUAGUAUUAACAUGAGACACAGUGAUGGUGGUUUGUGUUUAGGAGUAGUAUUAACAUGAGACUCAGUGAUGGUGGGUUGUGUUUAGGAGUAGUAUAAACCUAAAACACAGUGAUGGUGGGUUGUGUUUAGGAGUAGUAUUAACAUGAGACUCAGUGAUGGUGGGUUGUGUUUAGGAGUAGUAUUAACAUGAGACACAGUGAUGGUGGGUUGUGUUUAGGAGUAGUAUUAACAUGAGACUCAGUGAUGGUGGGUUGUGUUUAGGAGUAGUAUUAACAUGAGACACAGUGAUGGUGGGUUGUGUUUAGGAGUUGUAUUAACAUGAGACUCAGUGAUGGUGGGUUGUGUUUAGGAGUAGUAUAAACCUAAAACACAGUGAUGGUGGGUUGUGUUUAGGAGUAGUAUUAACAUGAGACACAGUGAUGGUGGUUUGUGUUUAGGACUAGUAUUCACAUGAGACUCAGUGAUGGUGGGUUGUGUUUAGGAGUAGUAUUAACAUGAGACACAGUGAUGGUGGGUUGUGUUUAGGAGUAGUAUUAACAUGAGACUCAGUGAUGGUGGGUUGUGUUUAGGAGUAGUAUUAACAUGAGACACAGUGAUGGUGGGUUGUGUUUAGGAGUAGUAUUAACAUGAGACACAGUGAUGGUGGGUUGUGUUUAGGAGUAGUAUUAACAUGAGACACAGUGAUGGUGGGUUGUGUUUAGGAGUAGUAUUAACAUGAGACACAGUGAUGGUGGUUUGUGUUUAGGAGUAGUAUUAACAUGAGACUCAGUGAUGGUGGGUUGUGUUUAGGAGUAGUAUAAACCUAAAACACAGUGAUGGUGGGUUGUGUUUAGGAGUAGUAUUAACAUGAGACACAGUGAUGGUGGGUUGUGUUUAGGAGUAGUAUUAACAUGAGACUCAGUGAUGGUGGGUUGUGUUUAGGAGUAGUAUUAACAUGAGACACAGUGAUGGUGGGUUGUGUUUAGGAGUUGUAUUAACAUGAGACUCAGUGAUGGUGGGUUGUGUUUAGGAGUAGUAUAAACCUAAAACACAGUGAUGGUGGGUUGUGUUUAGGAGUAGUAUUAACAUGAGACACAGUGAUGGUGGUUUGUGUUUAGGACUAGUAUUCACAUGAGACUCAGUGAUGGUGGGUUGUGUUUAGGAGUAGUAUUAACAUGAGACACAGUGAUGGUGGGUUGUGUUUAGGAGUAGUAUUAACAUGAGACACAGUGAUGGUGGGUUGUGUUUAGGAGUAGUAUUAACAUGAGACUCAGUGAUGGUGGGUUGUGUUUAGGAGUAGUAUAAACCUAAAACACAGUGAUGGUGGGUUGUGUUUAGGAGUAGUAUUAACAUGAGACACAGUGAUGGUGGUUUGUGUUUAGGACUAGUAUUCACAUGAGACUCAGUGAUGGUGGGUUGUGUUUAGGAGUAGUAUUAACAUGAGACACAGUGAUGGUGGGUUGUGUUUAGGAGUAGUAUUAACAUGAGACACAGUGAUGGUGGGUUGUGUUUAGGAGUAGUAUUAACAUGAGACUCAGUGAUGGUGGGUUGUGUUUAGGAGUAGUAUAAACCUAAAACACAGUGAUGGUGGGUUGUGUUUAGGAGUAGUAUUAACAUGAGACACAGUGAUGGUGGUUUGUGUUUAGGAGUAGUAUAAACCUAAAACACAGUGAUGGUGGGUUGUGUUUAGGAGUAGUAUUAACAUGAGACACAGUGAUGGUGGGUUGUGUUUAGGAGUAGUAUUAACAUGAGACACAGUGAUGGUGGGUUGUGUUUAGGAGUAGUAUUAACAUGAGACACAGUGAUGGUGUUUUGUGUAGGAGUAGUAUGAACAUGAGACACAGUGAUGGUGGGUUGUGUUUAGGAGUAGUAUGAACAUGAGACACAGUGAUGGUGGGUUGUGUUUAGGAGUAGUAUGAACAUGAGACACAGUGAUGGUGGGUUGUGUGUAGGAGUAGUAUGAACAUGAGACACAGUGAUGGUGGGUUGUGUUUAGGAGUAGUAUUAACAUGAGACACAGUGAAGGUGGGUUGUGUUUAGGAGUAGUAUUAACAUGAGACACAGUGAUGGUGGAUUGUGUUUAGGAGUAGAAUUAGCAUGAGACAGUGAAGGUAGGUUGUGUUUAGGAGUAGUAUUAACAUGAGACUCAGUGAUGGUGGGUUGUGUUUAGGAGUAGUAUGAACAUGAGACACAGUGAUGGUGGGUUGUGUGUAGGAGUAGUAUGAACAUGAGACACAGUGAUGGUGGGUUGUGUUUAGGAGUAGUAUUAACAUGAGACACAGUGAAGGUGGGUUGUGUUUAGGAGUAGUAUUAACAUGAGACACAGUGAUGGUGGAUUGUGUUUAGGAGUAGAAUUAGCAUGAGACAGUGAAGGUGGGUUGUGUUUAGGAGUAGUAUUAACAUGAGACUCAGUGAUGGUGGGUUGUGUUUAGGAGUAGUAUUAACAUGAGACACAGUGAUGGUGGGUUGUGUUUAGGAGUUGUAUUAACAUGAGACUCAGUGAUGGUGGGUUGUGUUUAGGAGUAGUAUAAACCUAAAACACAGUGAUGGUGGGUUGUGUUUAGGAGUAGUAUUAACAUGAGACACAGUGAUGGUGGUUUGUGUUUAGGACUAGUAUUCACAUGAGACUCAGUGAUGGUGGGUUGUGUUUAGGAGUAGUAUUAACAUGAGACACAGUGAUGGUGGGUUGUGUUUAGGAGUAGUAUUAACAUGAGACUCAGUGAUGGUGGGUUGUGUUUAGGAGUAGUAUUAACAUGAGACACAGUGAUGGUGGGUUGUGUUUAGGAGUAGUAUUAACAUGAGACUCAGUGAUGGUGGGUUGUGUUUAGGAGUAGUAUAAACCUAAAACACAGUGAUGGUGGGUUGUGUUUAGGAGUAGUAUGAACAUGAGACUCAGUGAUGGUGGGUUGUGUUUAGGAGUAGUAUAAAGUAUUUUGUUGGUUUAGAUGCACACACUCAGUAUCACUUCCCUCUUCUCCUUUCCUGUCUGUCCCCUGACAGACAUCCCGAGUCAUAUCAGAAAUCUGUAUAUACACAUUAGACUUUACAGAACAUGUUCCUGGUAGAACAUGGCACCUGCAACGUUAUGGGUUUGGUUCCCAGGACCACCCAUAGGUGCUCUAGUCUAGAACACUGAACCUUCAGUACCACUUUGAUGCAGCUGAUGAGGAGUGAUGGUCAUGGGUGUUUAAAUUGAAUGGGUUCUAAUUGAAUAACAUCAUGGAACUUUGACCUGUAUAUACAGAACUCAGAAGGGCAAGGUAGGUCAUUAAAAUGUUAAUGUUAUAAAUAGUUUAGUCAACACAUUUGUUUAAAUGGUUCCGUAUGUAGUAUAAAAGACCACAGUGAAAAUUGACAAAUUUUUUAAAUAAAAUUAAUAUAUGCCCAGACUUGUCUUUUACACAAUUUCUGUUCUAUUACAGUAACAGCCCUUUUCUGGCGUGUUGGUCUGGUUGUCAUGGAUGUUAAUGUCUUUACUAAACAGGAAGGACAGUUCUGUAUCAGCUACUUGUGUUCUGACUGCUUUUAUAAUGUGUUAACACUUACUUCUUGUUUUCACUCACUACCAGACAGUUGACUCACUGUAUAAGACCUCUCCUCUUCACUUCACUCUGGAACUACUCUUGACAAUAUCUUGAAAUAUAGUUUUUGGUUAUUUGUUUUUAGUCAUAAGUCAAAUACUUGAGGACUGCAGGGUGGGAGAUGUAACAAUGGCCUUGAGAACAGCAGGAAGUGUGUUGGUGGUCUUUCUCUGGUCUGUGACAGUUGUACUGGGUCAGGAUGGCUGGAGUGUUAGAUACACCACUCAGAGUAUCUGUACCUUGAAGGGGUCAUCAGUGGAUCUGUUCUGCUCUUACACAUAUCCCAGAGGUAAAGUCACAACAACCUUCUGGUUCACUAAAAUGGAGGCUGGGAUAGAACCUGAAGAUCUAGGUCAGGACCCAGAGUAUGCAGGUCGUCUGGAGUAUCAUGGAGAUAAGAAGAAAGACUGUACCCUGACAAUCACAGACCUGAGAGAGAGAGACUCAGCUACGUACAAAUUCAGAUUACUAACAGAUCAGGAAGGAGGGAAAUAUUCUGGAAGUCCUGGAGUCACUCUGUCUGUCACAGGUCUUCAGGUGAAGGUGACUGGUGGACAUCAGGAUAAGACACUGACCUGUAUCACCACAUGUACUCUGACUCACAACCCCACCUACAUCUGGUACAAGAACGGACAACAUCUAGAUGAGAGCACCUCCCCCCAGUACAAAGACCCAGUCUCCAGUAACUAUGAAGACAGUUACUCCUGUGCUGUAAAAGGCCACGAGGACCUCCACUCUCCUGCAGUGUGUGAGUGUUCAUUUAAUACAUUAUACUGUGUGUUGGUUUCACUAUGAGAACUUGAGAACUUUGAGGAUUUCUAGAUAGAACUGAGAAUACAAUCCAAUUGACCUCUUGUUAAGUCACUGUGUUUCAGGUAUUUGGGGUCAGAGCUGCAACAGAGUGACUUACACCAAGAGGAGAAUCUGUGUCUUGAAGGGGUCAACAGUGGACAUAUCCUGUAGUUAUGUUGGUCAUUAUUCCACCACAUCAUCAUUCUGGUUUAGAAGUGAUAAGUCGACACCUGAAGACCUAACCACUGACCCAGGGUAUGUAGGUCGUGUGGAGUACACUGGAACAUACAGAGGUCCCUUCACCCUGAGAAUCACAGAUCUGAGAGAGGAGGACUCAGCUGAGUAUCGCUUCACUUUUAAAACAAACAACUUUGAAUGGGGUCAUAGUUUCCCAGGAACAACUCUGUCUGUCACAGGUCUGCAGGUGAAGGUGACUCCUGCUGCAGAGGGACAGAAGACACUGACCUGUAGCACCACCUGUACUCUGACUGACAACCCCACCUACAUCUGGUACAAGAACGGACAACAUCUAGAUGAGAGCACCUCCCCCCAGUACAAAGAUCCAGUCUCCAGUAACUAUGAAGACAGUUAUUCCUGUGCUGUAAAAGGCCAUGAGGAUCUCCUCUCUCCUGCAG